AUGAAUUUAAGGCCAUUUAUUAAAACCCACAUAAAGACUAUGAUGACAAAUUUUGAAGUUAACAGAGGACCCUUUGAUUCGUUUCUAAGAGAAUACUAUAAAAACAACAAGACUCUUGGGCCUUCUGAAUGGUCAAUAAUUCCUAAACCGCAUUUGAUCUCAUCAGAAAUGAUGUUCUGCUCUCUCAUUUUACAAAAGAUGUGGAUAGAAAUGUGA